UAUUCUAUAUCUUUCUUUCUCUUUUUAAACACAUACACUCCUCUAUUUUUUCACCCUUUUGGGCGACUUUUAUGGGUGAACGACGGCGUUCCUUCAUCCUAUUUUGUCUUCAGUUCCGUGGCACUUUUUCUCCCCCAAUGUGUCUCUUGUUUUGAACUGCAAUGGGCUCGUUUCGACUGUAUUGGCCUUCGAUUGUUAUCGGUCAAAUCCAUCAAGGUGUUGAUUACUCUAUUUUCGAGCAAAUCGCAAGUGCAAAAACAACAAAGGAAACAUGGGACAUGUUUAAGAUGUCAUACAAAGAAGUUGAUCAAGCUCAAAAGUCUAAAUUGCAGUUGUUGAGAAGAUUGUAUGAUCGAUGCAAGUUGACAACUACAGAGACAGUGGAACAAUACUUCUCUCAUCUCAUUGAUAUCAUCUACAAUAUGAGGUUAAAUGAAGAAAAAAUUACACACAGCACUGUAGUUAAGAAAGUUCUUCGAACCCUGCCGAGGAAAUAUGAUCAUGUUGUGGCCUCUAUAAUUGAGUCCCAUGAUACUGAAUUCUUAUCUGUUGUGGAGCUGAAAAGCAUGAUUGAGAGCCACAUCAAUCAAAUUGCAGCAAAAACAGAAAUACCAAUUGAAGAAGCCUUGAAAUUCCAAAUUAAUUUGGACUCAAAUGAUUAUUCAAACAUGGAAGGGCUGAACAGAGACCAUGAAAGAGAAAGAGGAAAUUUCUGGGGACGAGGCCAUGGGAAUAACACAUCACAUAAUAGGGAAAGAGGUAACAACCAAGAUAAAUUUCUUUUCAUAGUUAUAAUUGUGCCAAGUAUGGACACAUGAUUGCAUAUUGUUGGAAAAGGAAUUUUAAGAACCAAGAACAUCUUGCCGAGAACUCUGGUGAAUACGUUAAAGAGGCUGAAACUCUAUUGUUAGCUAGUGAUAUGGUUUAUGCAAAUAAGAACACAUGAUUUUUUUAUAUAUAUAUAUAUCA